AUGUUCGCCUCAUACCACCAGGUUGUAAGUGGCUAUAGCUAUUCCAGGCACCAUCAAGGAUACUCUGGGCACCAUGGAGGAUACUCCAGGCAGUAUGGAGGAAGGAGAAAGGAGGCCUCAGAGACUGAGAGCAGUGAAAGUGAAGCUGAAGCUGCAGACUGCUUUGUGAGACCUCAGCAAAACAAAGGCAGAAGGAGAUGCUAUGAUGAGAGUGACGAUGAGGACUCUGAGACUGAAGAUGAGUCUGAUAAUGAUCUCUACGUGAAAGGGAACAACAAGUACCCAAGAUCUCGGAGCCAUCAAUAUCACAAGAACAAGUAUGAGAGUGAUGAAGAGCAGGGGAAGAAAAGGACCACACAACAACAACAACAACAACAACAACAACAACAACAGAUACAUAAAAGUGAUUACCCGAAAUGA